AUGGCUAUACUGUUUGGGAAAAAAAAGAGUCAGCUGGAGCUGCCAAUUUCUAAGAACAAGUCGAAAUUGAGCCCGAAACGCAACAAUGACUCACGGACUUGGACGAAACUAAGCUUGUUUUGUGAAAAUCAUAGCCGAAAACUGAUCCUUUUACUGGUUGCCGUUGGGCUGAUCUUUACAUGGCAUAAUGGGACUUUUUCAAGUGGUCAAGUUUCGACCAUGGAACUGCAAGACCCAGAAUACUACGACUACGACUUUCUAGAGGCUGACAUAGAUGCCUUAAAGAAGUACGAUAAUGGUGCCGAACACUAUUUAAUUAGCAAGGGCGGAGAAGAAGCCCUUACACCUGCAGACAAAGAACUUUAUGACGCUGAAGUACAAACAUUGUAUGGAUCCACUGUGCAACACUACGACCUCAGUGAUUUUAAAGGAUCCUCAGACGGCGUCGGAAAAAGAGAGCACGUUCUUUUGUUGGUCCCACUUCGUAAUGCCGAACGUGUCUUGCCGCUAAUGUUCAAAAAUCUUAUGAAUUUGACUUAUCCACAUGAACUGAUAGAUCUUGCUUUUCUGGUGAGCGACUGUUCCGAUGAUGACAACACAUUAAAAGCUUUGAUUGAGUAUUCCAAAGAAAUGCAACGUGGGACUUUAUCUGAACUUUUUGCCGAAAACGAUAGCGAUGAAGCAAUCUUACAAGAAGAAGGCACCAGGGACCUAUUUCUGAAAUAUAUGCGGCCCUCGUAUUUGAAAAUGGUAGAGAAAGCAUACAGUGCACCUUUCCACAAGGGCUACGAUAAGCCAUUCAGAUCAAUUCAAAUAUUCCAAAAAGAUUUUGGUCAAGUCAUAGGUCAAGGUUUUUCGGAUAGACAUGCCGUAAAGGUUCAAGGUAUCAGAAGAAAACUAAUGGGACGUGCCCGAAAUUGGCUCACCGCUAAUGCUUUGAAGCCUUAUCACUCGUGGGUCUACUGGAGGGACGCUGAUGUAGAGUUAUGCCCAGGGUCGGUAAUUCAGGACUUGAUGUCUGUCGGAUACGAUGUAGCGGUUCCUAACGUAUGGCGACCACUGCCUGAGUUUUUAGACGGCGAGCAAGCUUACGAUUUAAACUCUUGGCCAGAAUCGCCUGACGCGUUGAGACUAGCUAAAAGCUUAGACGAAGACGAUGUUAUUGUAGAAGGGUACGCUGAAUACCCGACUUAUAGAAUUCAUUUGGCUUACAUUAGAGAUGCGGAUGGAAACCCUAAGGAUGUUUUAGAGCUCGAUGGUGUUGGCGGUGUAUCGAUUUUGGCAAAAGCACAACUGUUCAGAAAUGGUGUUCAUUUCCCUGCCUUUACCUUUGAAAAUCAUGCGGAAACUGAAGCAUUUGGUAAAAUGGCCAAGAAAAUGGGGUAUAAAGUAGCCGGUUUACCAAACUAUACACUAUGGCAUAUCUACGAACCUAGCGAUGAUGAUUUGAAGCUAAUUGCAGAAAAAGAAAGAGGAAGCAAAAGGGCCCAAAAAGGUUCACCUUAA